UUCUCCCAGGGCAACUGCCAACCCACAGCCGCGACUUCUGCCUCCCGCCCAGAGAAGAAACGUUCCCUUGGAGGCCGGGCUGCAGGCCCGGUGCUCGGCUGCAGGCCUGGUGCGGCCCUGGCGGUCAGAGCCCUCGUCCUGGGGCCUUCGUGUGCGCUCAGGCAAGGCCGGUUGUGUAGCCCAGAGCCGCCCAGGGUGAGCCCCUCUGGGGGCCAUGGCAGGGCACAGGCAGGACACUGCGGAAACCCAUGAGGAAGUGCAGCCUGAGGCCACCAACACCCUGACGCCGGAGGGCACCCAGGCCCCGGAGGUCGGCAGGGAAGGGAGAAAGCUGCCCUCGUUUCUGACCGUGUUUCCGGCGGCUGUGGCGAAGUUCACCGGCAGGCGAAAGAAAAAGGGCAAGAAAUCUGCUUUCAAGGAUUUGCCAGACCAGAAAGUCGGUUCAGAGGAGCCCUGUGGCUUGGGCUGCGUGAUCAUCCCCUUCUGUCAGCGUUUUAACAGCAUCCGCUGCUUCCUGAUUUGCUACUGUUCGGUGCUCAUCGCUCAAGGUAUUCUGUUUGAUGUUAUUAAUCUAAGCAUUAGCAAUGUUCAGAAGAACUAUCUGCUGAAACCCAGUGAGAGUUUAGCAUUGUCAUUUAGUUAUGAUUUGUCAUCUUGCCUGGCAGCAAUAUUUGUAGGCUACUAUGGAGGGAGAGGACACAGAGUAAGAUGGAUUGCAUUUUCCUCCUUUUUAGUAGGAUCUGGAUCACUUUUACUUGCUUAUCCAUACUUCGGUUCUGUAAAUAUUCAUUUAAAAGGAGAAGUUGAAGAACUUUGCAGUCCAAUGAAGAUUGUCGAUGUUUGCCUGAAAGCCAGAGAAUCAUUCCAAACAAAACAUUUAGUUGUCUUCAUCCUUGAGCAGAUGAUGCAGGGAAUAGCAAGAUUGCCUCUUUUUAUCCUUGGAGUAACCUUUCUUUAUGAUAGCGUUGACACACACUCAGCUGGUACUUAUUUAGGUAUCGCAGAAGCUUCAUCAGUAUUAGGAUAUGCUUUGGGUUAUACAAUGGGAGUACCACAUCUUAAACGCCCUGAGAAUAAUACUUCUGAGCACAGCUCUAAAUACCGUGGCAGUGAACACUGGUUCUGGAGUUGGUGGCUUGAUUUUCUUGUUACUGCUGUUAUUUCAUGGACUGUAAUAAUACCAUUGUUAUGCUUUCCACAAAAUAUAAGAGGUACAGCAGAGAUAAAAGCUAAAAAACAGAAACAGCUUCAAAUGAUGGAAAACAAGCUUAAAAAUAAAGAACUUGGACGUAAAAUCAGCGACUUAUGUUCUGCUGUUUUGAUUCUGAUGAAGAAUCCAGUGUUUGUAUGCCUAUCUCUGUCCAAAGCUACAGAACACUUAAUUCGUAUGGGAGCUUUUAAAGUUUUGCCUAUCUAUUUAUCAAAUCAGUUUAUAUUAACACCCCAACUGGCAACUACACUUGCAGGACUUAUUUUACUCCCAGGAGGUGCUGUUGGCUAUUUACUGGGUGGUGUCAUAGUUUCCAAGUUACAUAUGUCCUGUAAAGCUCUUAUGAUAUUUACCAUCGUCACGUGUACCGUGUCACUUAUUUUGUUUGUGCUUGUCACUUUUAUAAGCUGCGAUCCAGGGAAACUUGCUGGAAUUAAUGAAGAUUAUGAUGGAACAGGGCAAUUGAGAAAUCUCUCAGCUCCUUGCAAUGCAGACUGUAAAUGCUCGUCUUUGAUUUAUUCUUCUAUAUGCGGAAGAGAUGAUAUUGAAUAUUUCUCUCCUUGCUUUGGAGGUUGUAGAAGUUCUAAACAGUUAAGCAGGCAAAAGACAUACUACAAUUGCUCUUGCGUUAAAGAGGGAUUAGUUACUGCAGAUGAAGAUGGUGAUUUUAUUGAUGCCCGAGCUGGGAAAUGUGAUGCAAAGUGCUAUAAAUUACCUUUGUUCAUUGCUUUUAUCUUUUCUACAAUUGUAUUCACUGGCUUCUCUGGUGUACCAGUCACUCUGGCUAUUUUACGGAUUGUUCCUAACAAACUACAUUCUGUGGCCUUGGGUAUAACUUUUGUGAUUCUGAGAAUAUUUGGGACUAUGCCUGCGCCAUCCAUUUUUAAAAUGACAAUAGAAUCUUCUUGUAUCUUUCGGGAUGAUAAUCAAUGCGGACGGACAGGAAAUUGUUGGAUCUAUAACAAGACAAGAAUGAUCUACACAUUUGUAGGAAUGUGUAAGUGA